UAGUAUUUCUUCUCAAAUAAUAGCUCUAAAUUUCUGUAUCAUGGUCUAUCUUUUGUUUUACAUUUUACAAAAUAUGUUUUUCUCUCUCACAAACAAGGUCUGUUUCUCUCUUACUUUCACAAAAACAUGUAUUUUCCGUUCCCGUACAUUUAUGAAAGUGUCUUUUCUCUCUUACAAAGAAUGUCUAUUCCUCUCUCUCUCUUUCUGUCUUACUGAAAGAACCGUAUACUCCUCCGUGUAUUUACUUCUUCGGUCAUAUUCGUUUUAACUUUAUAUCACGUUAAACGUCUCUAUUUUCUUGAAAAUGAAAAUGAAAAUUUUCGAAACCGACUCUAUUUAUAAAAACGACUCGACUUUAUUUUAUAAAAAGUUUUUUUUAAAAAAGCUUUUUAAUUAAAUAAAUAUGAAUCUAAAAUUAGCUGCUGUUACUAUUUUAGCAAUUUUAUCAAGUAAAACUUUUUAUACAGCGACGUAGCUGACAUUCGGGCAUGUCCAUCUAUGUAAAAAGUAUUUGAGUUACCUUAAGAGGGUUUUGAUCAACUUGGUAAGUCAAUAAAACUUCUUUUUGACAUGCAUGUAAAAACUGCAUCAGUUUGUCUGGAAGUGCAGAAAAUAUGAAAGGACAGGAAAGAAAUACUUUUUACAUAGGUGGACAUGUCUGAACGUCAGUUAUAUAAAAGCUUUUACUCAAUCUUAAAAACUAACAGAGAAAAACACGAAAUACGAAACUUAAAAAGUAUAUUUUCCCAAAUUAGGGCAUGUGAAAAAUAUCUCUGAGAGCCAAAAACAGAAAAAAGAGAAAAAUUGACGAACCUGUCGAAUCAGCGGGGCUUUUUCAAUCUGUGUAAUAAAAGAAUAAUCCAAAAGAAAGAAACACUACCAACUCAUUUCACUCGGUUCUAUAUGAUAUAGCGACGCAAAGAAUAAAUGGAUGUACCUCUCAGUACAUAGUACAAACAAAACAAUACUUACAAAUUGUUCAUGAAGAAUAGCCAUUCGUUCUCAGCGAAGAAGAAAAUACCCUCAAUGAUUUGAGGGAGAGAAAUGAAGAAAUUUUAUAGAACGACAAUCACCUUUUAUAUAACCCAACGACUUUCUUUUUAUUUUGAAUACUAUAUGUACAGUCGUCUGUUCGUAAUGAUCCAACCAGAAUGAAGAAGACUUAUAGGCCAAUCAUAUUAACAAUGACAAUAGUAUCUACCAGCUGCUGUUUAUACGUUAUGUGUCAUGAAGAAAACGAAGGCAAAAAAAAGAGAGAUGAAAGGAAUAAAAAAUUUUCUACGUAAUCUGACCGUGUUUGUUGACACUGAUAACGACAUAGUCCGAGAACUGUGCAAUGGCGAAAAUUUAUCCUCAACAGAAUUUUAGUACAUAUAACAGAAUUUUACCCUAGAGAUCAAAUCUUAUAUAGGAUUCCUGUAGGAAUUUUAUAGAAUAUCUGCAAGAAUCUUAUGAAUUUCUUAAUAAGGCAGUCGAUGGAAAUGUGUAAGAUAUUGAUAAGAAUCUGAUAAGAUUCAGACAGUGAGAGUCUUAUAGGAAGGAUAUAGUACAUUUUCAUCGUAUUCUUUAGUAAUCUGUACCCUCCUUAUUAUAGUCUACUUUCUUACUAUAAUCUAGUGUUUCAUACGUGAAUACAAUAAUUUUCUUCACACUUAUUUGCUUUUUGUACAAUAAGAUGUUAGUCCCACGUGGGCAGUCUCAUGACUCGCCGUCCUUAUCUAGUACUUGUAGACUGAAUUUACUUCCACAAAUCUAUCAUGACUAUAGGAAGAAAAUGAAGUUCAAAAAAAAAAAUAUGUAAGAGAAGAAUGUGAGGCACGACCUGUCGCUCGUUUGCAUAAAUUUCGCUUUUUCAAAUCGAUCUCUAGGAAAAUGCGCCACUUCAGGUCCUUUCUUUUUCUAUAGAGAUCGAAUUCAAUUCAGACUUUCUAAGUUGUAGAAAAUAGAGCAACUCGAGUACUACUACUAUGCAUCAAAACCCUUUUCAUACCUGUUAUUAAACAGGAAGAACUAUUGUCCAUCCAAAAAAAGAAUAACCCAUUACCAUUUUUUAAAUAACUCGCAAACGGAAGCCACUCGCGACCUGCGGUUUUCGCCAUUAGAAACAGCGCAUCAUGAAGCGUAGAUUUGUAUAAAAUUUAAUCUAUGACGCAAGCUACAUAUUAGUAAUUUUUAAAUCAACUUCCCAGAAUCCACCGAAUAAACAUCAUUUUUUUUAAACUUCUAAUUUUCUUUUUACAUGCAGUUUUUACAUCUAUGUCAUAAAAAACGUUUUUUUGGCUUACCAAGUUGAUCAAAAGUUUCUCAAUUUUAUAAACACAAUUUAGUCAGGCAAGACGUCGAAUAUUCCAAGUACAGACAACAGCAUUUUGCCAGUACAGCAAUUCUGUAGUUAUUCCCAAAUUCCACACUUUGGAUGACAAAAUUCUAUUAAAGUUACGAAAAUUGCGUUCCGUGUAUUAAAAUUGUGUUAUUUUUGCAAACAGAAUUUUCCUACAAUUAAAAGGGUUUUUUUUCACGGAAAAACUAGAAUUUUCGUGCAACUAACAGAAUUUUGUGCGAUAAAAAAUAAAGUUUUGCAAAAAUAACAGAAUUUUGUCAGAAUUAACCGAAUUUUGUCCGAUAGGUAAUAGAAUUCUCCAAAAAUAACAGAAACUGGAAUUUUCGUGCAGAGAACAGAAUUUUGCCAGAAAAAAAUAGAAUUUUGCAAAAAUAACAGAAUUCUGUCCGAUAAGAAAUAAAAAUUUUCAAAAAUAAUAGAAUUGUAUCAAAAUUUAUGCGCGCUAACAUCUGAAACUGCAUUUUAAAAUCAAAGUUUAAAUUUUUCUCAGGUUGUAAAAUUUGAAUUUUUAUGUUUUUGUGCACUGCAGUGCGAGAUAUGGACUCUGAAAGCAACGACUUGGUUUAUCUCGGUCUUCUGAACAAGUUUUGUUCCCAGAGUUUUGUUCUAGGACGCUUUCAUGAGACGAAAAUACCAUAAAACUGUUUUCCAUAAGAUUUUUUUCUGGAGAAAAACUAAAAUCGAGAUUUCUCCGACAAACUUCGUUCAAAAGCAAUGAAAUUUUUUCGACAUAUACAUCUUGAUGUUGUCUAUCGAAUGGCGUUAAAUCAAAUCAUUUUUCUUGAAAAAUGAAAUUUUUUAUUUAACUUUUAAUUUUUUGAAAUUAGAGUGGGGAAAGGGUUUGAGAAAAUCUUCUAUUGAAACGUUUGAGCUUGAACUUUUGCAAACCUCCACGUUCGUUCACUUAUUAAUUCUCUAUUGAAUAACGUUUGUACCAGGUUUUUAUCAUUUACCGGACUGGAAACAUUUUACUUUUAAAAAAAAUGGAAAUUUUAAGAUUUAAAAUUAAAUUUAAAAAUCUCGACUUUAUGCUGGAGACUCGAAUUGUUUUUCAAAAUGUAGCCAAUACUGUUCUAAAUACCAUAGCCAUCUUAGCAAAGUUUCAAAACUAAAGGAUUCUUCUAGAAAAAAUAUUUUCUGAGUUCGAGUAGGCUAAAAACCGCGGUUUCCUAGAAACCCUACUUUCGAGCAUUUUAGAACAAACUUUCUGCUAGACAAAAGAAAGAGUAUGGCGAGAAACCCUUAAACACCGAGACUUAUGAGAUUUAGUCCUUUGCUUCUUGAGAUAGUUUUUUCAUAUAACACGCCUAUAAAUCAGAAGGACAUAAGCCUCUUUACAUUAAUGAGGUCUAUAUACGCGAUUUUCAUUAGCGGAUCUCUAUUGGUGAAUACAUGUAUUCUGAGCUAUCAGACGUUCUUGAGUUCUAAUAAGUUUAUUUACCGACAGAUAAAGCUAAACGAAAUAGGAAAAAAAGUGACGGAUGCUGAUAAACAAUGGAUCUAAUGAACCUAUUUGACGUUAUUUAUUGUGGUCUGUACAAAGUCUGAUAGAGCUCUCUUGUCUGUGAGAAAAGUCAAUUGUUUGCGAGCACUUUUUCUAUAGAAAGAGAAUGCCUCGCAGACAAUGUAGACACCUAAAACAAUUGAAACGUUUCUUGUUAUUAUUAGUAAAGUUCUGACCACACCGACUAACCAUCGUAUACUGCUUUCUUUUUGGUGAUACAGUAGCACACAAAACAGAUUUGACAAUAUGUCUUCAGAAAUUUUCUUUUGAAUCGGAUCGCACGUUAAGAGGGAGGAAUAGCUACGAGGGCAAAUUCGGUCAAGGCCAGGCUUGUUUUUUGUGGAUGCUUCAAAUAGAUCAUCUAUUAAGGGCAAUAACAUGUAGUCGUUUCCAUAUCUGUUUUAGUUGCAAACAAAUACUGAUGAGUUUAAAGCAGAAAUUGGGGAACAAUUUCCAACUGAAGUAAUAUUUAAUGGUAAAAAUUUAGUUGAUCAUCACACGAGAGAUCAUCAACAGUACGGGCGUGAUUUGCUAAAAACAAUAUGCUUCCGAACGAAAUAUAAAAUAAGUGCACAAAAAUGGGAUGAAUUUUUCCAAAAAUGUAUGCAUAGGACGUUAACACAGUGUUUAUGUGAUAUUCGAAAAAAACUAAAAGCACAACAAUUACAACUAGCAACAGGUGGACAAUAA